AUGGCCUCCACCUCAUCUAGCAUUGUGUUCGACGAUAUUUUCACGAUUGAUGCCAUCGACAAGGAUGGCAAAAAAUUCGAUCGAGUAUCUCGGUUAUACGCUCGUUCAAAGAACUAUGACAUGGACUUGACGCUUGACUAUAAUAUCGAGCUCUUCCCUGUAUCGAACGGGGACACUUUCGCGAUGGCCCUCGCUUCGUCACUGUCACGGGACGGUGGUGCACCCACCGCAGAUGGGGAAGAAGACAAAGACAGAGAUGUAUGGAGACCAGAUGGCAAAGGAAGGAGAGGCUUAGAAGAAGAUUACGACUACGUAAUGUAUGGGAAGGUAUAUAAGUUUGAUACUGGAUCAUCCGACGUUGUCACGGCCUACGCGUCAUUCGGUGGACUGCUGCUCUCGAUAACCGGUUCAUAUCGACACUUGACUAAUGUCGUUCUUGGCGAUCCAGUCUAUGUGCUACUUAGGAAAUAA